CCGACGCAAUUUAGUUAAUAUCACACUCUUACUCAUCACAUUAAACUCUCUACUAGAAAUUAUGCUUUAUUACAGUAUCUGAUAAAAAUAGUGAAGCAUCAUUUGGAGGUCUAGAUUAUUUCAACUCUCCGUCAUGGCUAGCUCGGUCUUUCUCAGAUGCACGGACCUACUGUCAGUAUCAUGGAGCUGAUUUAGCACUCAUCAAAUCACACGAUAUCAAUACUUUUCUCCAUGUCAGGAAUUCUGAAGAAUAUUCGGGAUCAGAUGACCAUAUAUUUUUUGGUUUGACUGACCAAGCUGAUGAAGGCACAUUUACAUGGAUCGACGGAACACCUUUACAGUAUUCUUCAUGGGGGUCUGGUCAACCAAACGACGGGGAAAAUCAAGAUUGUGCCUUUCUACAACCUUCUGAUUCAAACAUGGGAUGGGGUGAUGAUUCAUGCAAUAACAAACUACCCUUCAUAUGUGAACGCUAUCAGGAUGUUCCUGAAAAUGAGUGGAGUCGCCUUGAUGGAACCCUGUACUAUAUCUCUCAAUCCUCGAUGACAUCCUACUCGUUUGCUAGAAAGUACUGCCAAGCUCAAGGAGGUGAUCUUGCCCAGCCUAAAACAGAAGAAAUCAAUAUGCAUCUCAUGAAGCUGGCUGGAGACAACUCUUAUUGGUUUGGACUCGAUGAUAUCAAUCAAGAGGGCACGUUUAAAUGGAUUGAUGGCACUCAACUCGACAGUAAUGAAUUUCCUGCUUGGUCGAAUGGUGAUGCAACCCUAUUUGAGAAUGGAAGAUGUGUUCAUCAGCAGGUUAAUAAUGGAUGGAGAAAACUCCGAUGUACAUCGUACCUCAGGUUCGCAUGUGAAAAACCUCCGAGUCCGCGACAGAUCCUUCCUGUGCGUCUAAUGGCAGCUACUCCAUCCCCCUACGGAGGAGGUCUGGUGAAUGCGUCAUUUAUCUGUCUACUCGGCUCAGAGAAUGAAAAGAUUCUCACAUUGUCCACCAGAAGACUUGUCCGUCUGACCGAGGCUAUAAAUUCCAAUAGUUACACAGCUCCAGGAAAGAGUGAUACUGUAUCAUCUGUAGUGUUAAGGCAGACUCUUCCAACUACUAUGGAAGGCUUGGGAUUUUUCGAAUGUUCUGCGGUGACAGACAGUAGAAUGACAUCUGCUCCGCUUGGCAUUUUUCUCUCUACCCGCCAAUGGCAACCCAGUGAUGGUCGGUUUACAAAGACAGUACACGUUGGAGAUGAUAUCACACUCAGUGUGAUGAGCACGACAGGGAUGGUAGGUGAAGACGGGAUCAGAUGGCGGAAAGUCACUGAUGUAGACUGGGCUAAUUCACUUAUCGGAAUGAGUUCUGGUAGUCUAUCACACACAAUCCAAUCUGCAUCUGUCUCAGACGCCGGUGUGUAUGCGACUUACGAGGGUGGAACGUUGGAACAACAUCAAUUCAGCUUCAUAAGACUCAUCGUAAAGGAGUGCCCGUAUGGAAGAUGGAAUCCGCCGUUAUGCAAUCGUUUGUGUGAUAGUUGUUAUAAUGGAGGUGUAUGCCACGAACUCUCAGGAACAUGCAUCUGUCCUCCUGGCCAUGCUGGAAAGAACUGCCUCCAAGCGUGUGGGAUGCAUAAGUUUGGCUGGGACUGUGAGUUUGAAUGUGGACCCGGUCAGCCUCUGGACAAGUGUGCUGGAAGUCAGAUCUGUCUGCCUGAUCCUUAUGGGUGCAACUGUUUAGCUGGAUAUACAGGAGUCUACUGCAAUGAAACAUGUGCAGACGGUGUGUUUGGAGCUGAUUGUGGUCAAGAAUGUCACUGUACUGAUAAAGCAGAUUGUGAUGACGUCACUGGACAAUGUACUGGAGAUUGCUCGCUAGGAUGGUCUGGGCCAGCAUGUCAAGUUCCUUCUGUUUGCCCAAACGGAUACUUCGGGUCUAACUGUACACAGAAAUGCAAUUGCAGGAAUGGCACAGCAUGCCGCAAAGAUUCUGGAUACUGUGCCGAGGUUGAAGGGCGGUGCGACUUGGGAUAUGUUCCUGACUCUGUCGAGUUUCCAGCCAACUGUAUGACAUUUUCAGGAUGUUUCAGCUCUUGUUCAAAGACAUGUCAUUGUUCUGGUGGUGCUGAGGAUUGUAACUUUUUGAAUGGUGAUUGUAUGUCAUCCACCUGUCAUCCAAGAUGGAUGGGGGAUCAAUGCCAAACAGAUCGUUUUGAGACGAGCUUGGAAAAGACCAAUCCAGGAGUAGCGAUCUUCAUCUUCUCUUGUUCCUUCACAGCGUCAUCAGGGCAAAAUCUUUCCUCUGAUUAUGUGAAGGCAGCUGUAGGAAGGUCUUUUACGAAACCCUGGAUAUCUCGUAAUAGCUCUGACACAUCAGGACCAACCCUCAAUAUUUCAUUCAUCCACGAGUAUACGGGGCCAGAAGAACCAAUUUACUGCUUCAUCGGGGUACCUGAUAAUUCAUCACAGUUUGCUUUCGUAAGGUUACCUCCAAGAUAUUACUUUGGUAAGCAGUCCCCACUGCAAUCUAUUGCGACAUUUUCAAUGUUGUACUCUACAAUUUUACCAAGUUUUAAUGGUGUACCAGAAAUAAUUGAAUUUGGAAGAUACCAUGCAUUCAUCGGUUGGAGACAAUGGGACCCUAGCAAUGAUACCGGGGAAGGACCUAUCGUUGGCUACAAGAUCUACGUGCUAUCAGGUAGCAAUGUCGUGUCGGAAAAAGAAGUACAACCCCCAAGCAUGGUCCCCAUGACGGACCGUUCCGUAUCGAAGAGGUCUACUGAGAAUGCCGCUGAGAUGGUCAUGUAUAACGUCAGUGGACUUGAAGCAGGAUCAACGUACUCCGUUCAGAUUGCAGCGAUACGAGAUGGUAUCAACGGUGAAGGAGAACAAGGACCAGCAAUGACAUUUACAACUGAUAGUGCUUGA